CUCGAUGCCAGCGAAGGAAGGAGGACUACUACUUCCAACAGCUGUGUGUUUACGAUCUACUUAAACAUGGAAGGUGGACCAAGACCGCAUCCCCAAGAUUGCCCUACGUUGGACUCCACCUGGGAAAAGGAAGCAAGCCCGGCCCAAGAACACGUGGCGGCUGAGCUGAAGGAGAUAAACCUAACCUGGGGCGAGGCACAGCAUUUUGCUCAAGACAGGUCCAGUUGGAGGCAGAUCGUCAAAUCCUUAUGUCCCAUAAGGGACGAAGAGGAUUGAGUAAGCUACCAGGGUGCCAGAUGCCCGUCUUCCAAGACAUGAGCGGAAUACCCAGGAGAAAGUUGGCAGAGUGAAAAGGCGAUGGGACAGAGAGAUUGGACUGAGAUGUCGCACGAGAAGGAAAUAUGCACCGCAAGCCACCAGGAGUGUUUAGGGGAGAAGGAGUCGUCAGAGGCAAUUGGUCAAGAAGUGCCGCCAAAGAAGUGUUCUCCUGUGCCGGAUGUCACACUUUGCCACGCAAGCCAAAUGGGUUUGACCCGGAUCAAAACGAAAAUAAUCCCGUUUUCCAGCUGGCUUAGUAGGGUGCUUAAACAUCUGCUGAUGUGCGUGACCAUCCACAAGGAAUGGCACUCUGAGCCAGGUACCGAUCCAGGAGAGUUUGUUUUCUCAGAACAGAUCAACGAACUAGAGCCGCCUGACCCGGCGCCACUUUGCUCCGAUCCCCUGCUUGAAAUAUCCGCCUGCGCCUCAGAAUAUGUUUUCCUGCCUUCUCCACACAACGUCUUCACACACGAGGUCCAGGUGGAAAGUCUGCCAGUGGAGCAGACCUCAAUGACCUACAGCGUUACAGGCUAUCCUCACGUGGGCUACUCGGUCCAUAAUCAAUCCAGAAGACCCGCCUGCCUCUUGCCUCGUUCUCACAGCACCUCUGUGCUCAGACCAGAGAAGAGCAAAAGCUUGACCCGAUCGGCCAGCUUGAUCGACAUGUUCCUCAAGGACUUUGAGCACUUUACGCCUGACGUCACCGUGGGGGGAAAGAGGGAAACCUACCGGCUGGAGUGCUUCAGGGCCGGCAGGUACCAGUGCACAGUGACGGGCUUGGUGUUUCACAUGGAUGGAGAGGGGGAUGUGCGUUAUGGGGUCAUCCCAUGGGACCUAAGCCUACUGGCCCAGCACCACAAGAAACCCGCGGGACCGCUCUUUGACAUCCAGUGUGACAAGCCGUCCAUGCGGCAGCUUCACCUGCCGCAUUGUGAGAUCCCAUCCAUGGGCGGGUGCAGCCGUUUGCUAGUGGCUCACGUGAGUGGCGAGGGCAUGGAGGUAGUCACCCCUCAGAAGACCACCGACACUCACGUCAUCGCCAACAUCACAGGCUUCUCGGCUUUUGGGCUCAUGAGAAGUGAAGAUACGCUUCGCCUCCCGAUCCGUGCGCUGGUGCUGGUCUUCCUCAUUUCCGAACCCCCGUCCGUCUUAAAUGUGUUGUUAGUGUCAGACAACGAGGUGGUGGAUGAAGUGAUCCGUGUUCGCAGCAGACGCAAUCCCAACGAGGCCUUUGUCAACACCAUCUCAGGAUGCACCCUAGUCCCGGAGCAGCGGUACGUGCUGACCAGCCCGCUAGGAGACAUGCUGCGAAUUCAACCAAGUAGCGCCGCUUUUUGCGAUGAUCUUCGCAGGAACUUCAUGAAUUCAUUCCAAGUACUUGGAACAGACAACAUGGACACGAUUAAUCUGGCUCUGAGGGAGUAUGACAACCCCCAAGGCCACGUCUGGUACGCCGAGGUUCCUUUGAGGCACGCGGUCCAGCACCACUACGGUUUUACCGUUGAAGACCUGAGAAACGCUUGGUCCGGCUUCGUCCACCGAGUAUCACGACCGGUCCUCGGGACUCUGGUGGACCGUCUGUUUCAGGAAAAAUUCCUAAGCGCAAGUGAAAGAGACCAAAUGGACCAAGAAUGCGACAAAAGGCGGAAGGCCCGUGCCGUCUUAAAAAAAAUGAUUAACCUCAACCAACAGGCUCGUGAACGCUUCGUCACUUUACUUCGUGAAGAAGAUCCUCAUUUGGCGGCUACUCUUGGCUGGUGAGGGCCGGACUCAUACAUUUUGGUGUUUCCUUAAAUCAGCCACAAGCAUGGCAUCUUAAACUCUGAAGAAGAGUGAACACGCUGUCUGGACUGUGUGAUGACGUGAGAGCAGGGCGUCUGCGGAAGAAAAACUGCUACUAAAUACAAUUUGCAUUGAUGUUCUAUUCUUGGAUGUUCUCAGGACUCAGAGGCUCUGGAUAAAAUCGGAUUAUGUCCAAUUUAUUGGGAUUGUAUUGUCAAAGUUGUCCUUGAAGUACUCAAACUUCUAUUUUAUACUUAUAGUCAAUUUGUUAUGUAAGAUGCUAUAUUUUUUUAAAUAUAUUUUUGCCUCAUUAAAACAUGUAUUUAUAAAUUACUGCUAGAAUCAUAUGUAUAUAUAUAUAUAUA